AUGACUCUUAUGGUUUUCUUCGGAUGCGCUUUCAUAGCCUUUGGACCGGCAUUGGCGUUAUUUUCCCUCACUGUGGCCAAGGAUGCCGAACAGGUUAUCGUUUUGAUUGCAAGGUAAGUUCAGUUUAAGCUGACAUUUCUUUAAGUCCAUGUUAAUUUUCGCGCGUUAUCAUCCAAUCACCUGCGAACAGUUUCUAGAUUACAGACAAGGAGGGGGUACAAUUUUCUAAGAGGCUUGAUUUUUGGGGGUCAAUUUUGAAAAUGCACAAAAUGUGAGGGGGACGAAAUAUUAAGACACAGGACUGGUCUUCUUUGUAAGUUGUCAAACUAUAGAGCGGUUUUUACUUGACUGUCGUAAAACCAAAACCAAAGUAAAUACACUAGCCAACCAAAGGGCGUAGUAAAACCAAAACCAAAACCAAAACCAAUCCCUUUCGACAGUCAAGUGAAAACCGCUCUAUUAUGAUUGAAGCAAAUCCAUGUUUCCUUCAAAAGUAGACAAAAAAAUUCGCUUCGGCGGUUCUUUGGCAGCAACAAAAUGUUACCCGUAUCUAUCAGCUAUUCAACUACCAGGAAUGUAGCGCUUAUGUGCACACAUAUGAAAAUAUGUAGAUUUUUUUAUUUCCCGAAAGCAUUUUUAUUAUUAAAUCGGGAUAAAUAUUUCGCAUUAUAUUGGUGUUUUUGUGUUAGGAUUUCCUUAAUCCUUUUACUGAUUAAGUGGAGUGAAAUGGCUCUGAAUGUGAAGCCACAGACCCUGUUUGAGACUUUUGACCAAGCCAACUCCAAUUCUAUCCCGGAGUAUAUGUAGCUCUCCAUGUAACUUUGUUGACUUAUCCUUUGUCAACAUGCACAGCUGAGCAUAGCUUCAGCGGUAUUAAGAGACUGCAAAGUCCUUUAUGAGGGACCAUGAGAGACGAGAGAUUAAGCUCUCUUGCAAUUCUGUACAUACACAAGCACAAGGACGUAAUUGAUAUUGAUGGCAUUAUAACAGAGUUUGCCCAUCUGAAAGGGUACACAUCUCGCCCUUUGCUUGUAACCUCCUUGACGGCGUCACUGUUUUACCCUUGUUUGCCGUGAACACUGUACCUUACCGAUAAUACUAGAGAUGGAGUAAAAGAAGCAACUAAUUACUGCAUUUUCCUUCUUCUUUAUUCACUGAAAAUGUCCUGCAGAAAACCCAGGAGUUGCCAUUUCUGAGACCCUAAAUUUAAAAAUUUUCUGGCGGAGCAUGCCCCCAGACUCCCCCAGGUUUGCCGGGUGACCUCCAGAAUCUUAUACUACGCUGCUGACUACCAGUAUCUUAUAGCUUAUGAAAUCAAUGCCCAGAAAUUGACGAAGAGACUUGGUCUAGAAGGGGUUGGAGGGAGGGGGGCACAUUUUAAAAAUUGUUAUUGCCUAGGUAAUUUUGAGUGGCACUGCAGAAAUACGUUUUGUGACGUCACAGCACCUGGUCAACGGUAUUUGAGUUCGUUUCGAUCUUUUUUGUCCUUCGUCGUCCAUCACUGCUUAGCUUAGAUGUGUUUAUCGCACAUUGAGGUCGGUUUGAUCGUGGAAUUAAACGGGCAUACUGUUGUUUGUGGUUCUGGUGCAUAAUAAUUAUUGGUUUGUUCCAUACAGACAACUUUGCUUCCUCCUUCAGAUGGUCAUUUACUAUGCCUUUUUACCACCUUUCUUUUAUUUAUUUUGUGGACUUUUUUGCAAUUCAGCAUCUUAUGUUAUUUUUAAUAAAACGUUCACUCCAAAGAAACCUCUUGGUUGCCACUGUAUUCAUAACCAGAGGACCAUCAGCCUUCUCUGCUUCAGAUCACUUCAGGCACAAAUGAGUGGACAGCCUUAAUGGAAAUUACCGAGGCAUUUAAUUUUUUUGCAACAAAAUUCCCCAGGUUCUCACAAAACUAACAACUCUUAUUAUUGGUAAUUUAUGUGAAUAAUCCUGUCCCAGACCAUUAGCUUGUGUCAAUAAGAAAUAUCUACAUGCUCACUUAAAAUGUUUACUGCAUUCAUAACAAUGGAUAAAAGUAAUUAUUUUAAACUUUGAUAACACAAAAAGAAUUUUAAAACAACUUUGUAAAUAAUUUUCAAACUUUGUAUUAUCAAUAUUAUAGAAAAAAUAAUUCCUGAAAAGAAAAAAAUAAUGCAUUGAAAUACUUAUCCUUUAUACAUAAACCAGAAUUAAGGUUUCCUUACAGAUUUCUUUCAGUACAGAAUCAAACAAAAAAAUGGUCAUUCGAAAACUUACCUCCUUGUGAUCUUGUUUACGCUUUUUUGUCGCAAUCUUUUCGGUUUUUUUUCUCACUUUUGACCAGCUGUUUGACAUCUUUGGCGCUUCAUUUCGGCACUUGUUACACCAACGUGUAAUUCGGCAGCAAAGCACCAGCUUUAUAUAGAGUUUGAAAUUUCUUGCACGGGAUGAUAUGAACGUGCAACUUCGCAGUGUGUCACCAAGUUGAAGGGCAAGAACACCUGCCUGCAAUGCAUGUUUAAAUCACCGGUUGAAACAUUUGUAAGGGAGUCAUUGCACUAGUGGGUCAUUGGGGGGUGGUCAUUGAAUUUUUUUCCUGAAAGAUUUUACAUUGAAUGAUUUUUUUUUUUAUUUCUGUGGGGAAAGGAUUCCACUUCCUCCCCUUCUAAUGGUCCACCAUUAAUCAUGAUAUUACCAGUGUUUAUUGUGCUUUAGUGGGACUUGUUAUUACCUAGUAUAAUAAGUAUACUCGAGCUCUGUACCCAAAAAAUAAAUCUCUUGAAAAUCCCAAAACUUUUCAGCAUAGUUUAAAAUACACACCCAUGUUAAAAUUGAUAAUUUCUCUGAACAGUGGACUUGACAUCCAAGAUCACAGAGAUAACUCAUGGACCAAUCAUUUCCAGGGUGCCGUUAUUUUAACAAAAUGUGUCUUGUUUUCUGCGUAACGCUAGCGUCACAGCCACGUAAUUGUGCAGGAAAUGCAAGGUUUUUGCAUAAGAUUUCCUGAUUUCCUGAAAGUCUGUGAUUCGUCUUGUUAUUUUCUCUUGACCCAAAGGUUGGACUCUUCUUUUAGAACAUCUGUGAGCAGUCUGGCCAGCGCAAAUAGAAGCUGAACUUUUGCAUGUCUGGCACUCCUCGCUCGCCUAAAAAACUCCAGAAAAAUAAUAAAGAAAUGAACAUAGAAAAUGAAUCGUCUACGUAAAAUUUGAUGCUUGACAUGUUACCCUUGACCUCGACACUUCAACCAAAAGCCAGACUCAGAUUGGAGUAGUUUACUUAAAAUAAUUAAUUUAGUUCUUAGUACAGAUAGCAGGGAAUAUAUUCUGUUAAAUUUAUCCACAGCCUGCAGCCCACAUUACCGUGAUCCACGAGUACUCUGCAAUUGUUCAGUUAUUUAUUUAUUUAUUUAUUUAUUCUAUUUUCCAGUUUUUUUUUACCAAUCCCUGAUCCUCAAUCUGCAAUCCUAGUUUUCCAGUAAACCCAUUUCAACGGUGUAUUUCCAGAGAAUAUUUAAGCAAAUCAUGUUAUUAUAUUCAUUCUUAAUUAUUAAUGUUUAGUUGACAAUUGUAGCUGACGAUUAUGUUUUAUUUGUAAUAUUGGUGCUGAAAAGCCCUUUUUAGGGAGCAACAAUAAAGGUAUGCAGGGUGUUCAUUAGGUAACGGAGAUUGGAGAAUUCUCCGUUUACUACACGGAAUUCUCUGGCUAACAUGCGAUAGCCUAUGACUAUUUUCUAUUCAGACCUGGAGCCUCUUGCAAUAUUCUCCUGUAAAGUUACAUCUUUCUCCUGUUACUAGAAUUCUUAGUGAAAACCCUGGUAUGUGUGCAUGUAUGUUUUUGUGACCUUAGUUUGUGUCCCCUACAUGGAGUUGUUUAGAAAGAGAGGUUCCACUGAGGUCGUUUUACCCGAAAUUCAAUUCACUUGCCUGAACAAAACUUAAUUUGCCUGAUCAUCACCAGUUUCCUAUACCUUUCCAGGAGAAGUAUAUUGUAUGGCACUGAGUUUCCUGAUUUUUUGCUUUUGCUUCCCCACAAGAAAUGCUACAAGUGCUUGUAUGGGGGCACUUUCAACCAAGGCCGCCAAUCAUUUGCAGAGUAAAACUAUCAUGGAGACACUUUUCCUGGUCACUAAGGUGUCUCCUUAAUGAGCUUCUGCUGUAGCUGAUUAUUAUUAUUUUCUGAAAAGACAUUUGUGACAGAAUUCUGUUCUCCUUCGUUUAUUAAUUUAAUUAGUUAUUUAUUCUUUACAGUGCAUUUUUUUGGUUACUAUCCUUGUUGCUAUCUUCAAUCUGGUGGACCGUGGUAUCACCACUUAAGAAACAUCUAGCCUUUGGUAUUGCAUUUUCAGUCAUUUUUCAGGAACUCUUUAGACUGGCUUUCUAUAAAAUAAUGAGGUGAGUAUGAGAAGGUUGUUUCAAAUGCAUCAGUGAUGUUUGAUUGAGGAACAAAUUAAUGUUUUUUCUGAUGUAGUUGUCACAGCUUGUGCUCUUAAUCUAAAGUCUCAAAUUAUUUGUGCAAGCUUUCAUCAUGUCAAUCCUAGAGAAUUUUCUUGAAGCUUUUAACACCUGGGCCCAGCUGUUCGAAGGCCGAUUAGCGCUUAACCCAGGGUUAAAUUUAACCAUGGUUUCUUUUUCUUGUGUUCAAAAGCAUUUUCUCAGAUAAUUUUCUCUGUUAUUUUUAGAGCUUCUAAUCAUCGACUUGUAGACAAAAAGAAUUAAAACUGAAAUGCUUUUUAAGCUUUCAAAUCUGAAUUCAAAUCUUGCACUAACCCAGGGUUAUCUUAACCCAGCCUUGAACAACUCGGCCCAGGUCUAUACACCUUGUUGGUUAGGAAAUGUGUUGAGAAAGCCAUAAGAGAGUACAGAUUAUGAACCAAAUACCCUGGGGGCUUGAAUUUCACAAGGCCUUAUAAUGUACAUAUAUUUUCUGUCUUGUUGCAUGCUGAUUAUCACAUCUCUCACAGACAUCCACCUCUAAUCAUUUUCAUCCAAACAAACUGUGCAUCAAUUUGUGACAGUUCUAGAAAUUGUUACAGCCAGUAUCCAUAAAGAAUUGAAGGACCAUGUGCAAAAAGGGCAUGAGUGAUAAUUUAGUCCAAAAAUAAUUGUUGCUAAAAAAUUUGCAGGUGGACUUGUUUUGUCAUGAAGAAUUUCAAUCCAGUACUUUUUCCCCAUUGGUUUGCUCUUUAACUAUUUUACAGUAUACUAUACAGCAUACAUGUAUGUGAACAAGCCAGUUUCUGGUGGUGGACUCCUUUUCCUUGUUCCCAGCAGUUGAUUCUACAUCUCUUUCCUGACAAAGAAACGAUGACAAUGGAAAUUUGCAAAUAAAAUAAAGUCCCAUGAAAAUGUCUUACCACACAAUUUUUUUUAACAGUCCAACAGAAUGUGAGUGAUAUCGAACUUAAGUUUCUUGACGAGUAUUAAGCUGUCCCAAUCCUUGUUGGAUGAGUUUUAAAGAGAAUAGUGUUUGUUCCACUGUAGUAAGCACUUACAGAUUUAUUAACGAUCUUCUUGUUUAGGAAAGCAGAUGAAGGUCUUCUUUCAAUAAUCAAUCAUCAAUCAGACCCUCUAAGGAAGCACAGAAUUGCAUACGGUUAGUAUUGUGCUGGUACUCUUUAAAGGUCUUGAGCUGAAAUGCAAAUUUUUGUAGAGGAUGAUUUCACUUGCAUUGCAUUAUACUAACCACGCUGUGAAUUACCAGUAUAACACUGAACACUGACCAUUCAUCUGUAACAUUCAUAAAUUGUGUACAUAAUAGUAUUAUUUUCAGCUACAUUAAAUGCUAUGGAUCUCACAAAUGCACGGCAAAGAAAACUUCAAUUCGAAUUUGAAAUAAUUUCUUCCUUUAGUAUAAAUCAGCACUAGUUUUGUUUGGCAGGAAAUGCGCAGACAAGACAUCUACUCAAAGCAGUUAGUCCCCUCUUGUGAAAGAAAUUGACUAGUCACACCAACCAGCAGUUGUCCUAUGUCCUCCAGGGUCUUAAGCAUGGCUUCCGGUUAGGCUCCCCAUGUGCCCACUGAAUGAACAAGCUAUGUGCCUUUCUCCACGCUGGCGUCAUUGUUAGUACUUGACCAAUGAGGUGUCAUCAGGCAGGGUUGUGGGCCUCUUCUCUUCACCCCUAAUCUAUCAGUUGCCUAUUAGCAGUUCUGGGUCAACCCAAGGUAGGGGACAGCCAAGCAGGUGGAGCUUGAUUGUUGACUUAUCUUCCCUGGGGGGGACCUAGUGUGAUCCAUGGUGCAAUCCCCAGGAGUUCUCUCUCCAGUAUAUUGAGGUUCAUCAAACUAUUUAGGUGGUUUUUGAAAGUGGGCCUUGGGCCUUGAGUAACCAGUGUAGUAAAUGCAUGUUCUUCAUCUGAUCACUGAUAGCCUCUUAUUGGUCAUUCAUUGGGCAUUGGACCUCAAUUCAUGUGACUAUUGCAAGUUCCAGGUGACAUGCACUCUGGGUUAUUUUGGUUUUUUCUGCUCUGAAGAACUUACUUUCACCAACAUGGCUAGCUUUUACACAGUUCAAACCUUGCUGACAUAUCUGUCCUUGCAAGAAAAUGUUUGUUGGCCAUUGACCAUUGUUCUUACAUAAUAACAGUCAGCCACUGACAUGUUUAAUUCUGACUGACUGGUUGCAGCAGAUUUUCUCAACUGCUGGGUUCCCCAGGGUUGUUGGGGAGAGUGGUCCCAUUUCAUCUUGUUCGCGGGCCCCUCCUUGUUCAAAGUUUGGAUACCGUUAUGGAUACCUCUUCCUCAUGCUAGGGCUUUAUCAUGAGCCAGGCCCAAUCUGGUGAGCAGUCAUUGUUCAGGUUAGAGCAGGGAAAAAAAAUGUUCACUAAAAUGGCAAACAAGCAACUUAACACUGCAAAAGCAAAAGACACCGUGAAGAACUGCAGUGAAGAGGCUGUGUGUAAGGGCCACAAGGUGCCCCUGCUUAAAAGCUUAAGGCCACCUCAUGCAAGGGAAGAAGGGAAAUGGCUGGCUAGCAUUAGUUUUAUGCUUAGCCACUUUUUCUUGAAUUCCAAAUUGUUGAGUUUAAACUGUAUUAAUUUUUUAACCCAUUUUAUGAGAACACGGUCUCCUGUGCUCUUUUUGAUGAGAUGAGCAUAAGGCAUCCCCUAUAAUAAUUUACAGAAGAAUCUUUCAACUUACUCAACCUAUUUAAUGGGUCCUGGGUUCAGAAUUUUAACACUUUCACAGAAGAAUCUUUUUACCCUUUUGUACGUAAUAGACUAUAACAAUAACAACAGCAAUAACUUUAAGAUAAACGACAACAUUCUUUUUAUGCUUAAAAACAUUGUUUUGACAGCUUAACUGUCAUUGUCUUUAUUGUGAGUUGAAAAGAAGUGACAGUGUGAUCUAGAAUAUCAAAACAAUGGUAAACAUGAACUUUGGCAUGUUUUAGAGUUUUGCAGGUGUUUGAAUAUGUGUGAGGACCUCUAAGUGGUUAAAUGCUCACUUAUGUGUGUGGAAAAAUGUCGGGUCAUUCCUCUGAUAUACAUGUAGUGGGCAUUACUAUAUAGACUUGCUGCCCACUAAUAUCAAGAAAAAAGUUAUUGUUAAAACAACAACUUUUUUAUCCAUGGUAACAGAGUCGUCACGAAAAAUGCAAAAUUAAUAAUUAUUACAAAUUUAACUACAACUGUAGUAACAAUCAUAUACAAUAAUAAUAAUAAUAGGUGCUUGCUUUCCAUGAAUGCUGCCUCCCAUCAUCAUCAUCAUCAUCAUCAUCAUCAUCAUCAUUAUUAUUAUUAUUAUUGUUGUUAUUAUUAUUAUUAUUAUUAUUAUUAUUACCUUCAAAAAACUUUUCUUUUUAGAACUGAACGUUUUACAAUGAGUGUGUGGCCCAAUAACAUUUUUGCUACUCAUCAAUUUUGCAGUUUUUGAUGGCUCUUAUCACCGUAGAAUGCUUAGAUAUUGCUUCAAAACAGUUGAAAAUUGAACAAAUUGCACAAGUUAGCCAGCUCUUUCAACUUUUUCAUUUUCUUGUGAGACCCUUCAUUUGUAUAAACCUGACAGAUUUUGUCUCUGACUAUUACUAAGCUAGUUUUUGCUUUUGGUGCUUUAUGCUUAUAUGCCCAGGUUACAGAAAGCUUGUCUCUGCCUUAUUUCCGCUGAACCUUUGAAUAAUGAUGUGAUUCUUCUUUUAGUUUCUGGUUUAGGUUAUGGCAUAAUAAGUGGUCUGUUUGCCAUGGUCAAUGUACUAGCAGAUAUAACUGGCCCAGGAACUUUAGGUUUGCAUGGUGACCCUCAGAAUUUCCUUAUUGUCUCUGGUAAGUGUUUUAACUUUGGUAAACAAAUCAAUUUAGACUGUCAGGGUGUCCAGUUUCUAUUUGUCCCAUUUUUUGAGCCUAUUCCUAUUUUCUCCUAUUUUUAAACUAAAACCUCCUAUUUUUCCUAUCUUUUAGCUGGUGAAGCCAAAAUUUGUAACAAAAACUGAAAAUGGAAUAUAAAUUAUUGCUUUGAUGCAACCAGCCUGGGCUGCCUGUGCCCAAAGCCAGCCUCAUUUGAGAUUCUUGGAUGUAAUUAUGUAUGUAUGUACGUAUAUCACCGCAUUUGCCUCGAUUUCAAGUAUGGCCCUUGAAAUCAAGGCUCUUUCGUUCGCAGUCAAUCGAUUCGGAAAGAAAACAAAAGAACGCUCAGAACACAAAUAUAAAGUGUGAAGUGAAAAACUUAAAAACUAGGAGAAAUCCCGUUUCGUAUAGAAAACUACAUUUUUGCAAGCGUAGAGUAUGAAUGCAAGUGAAGGUAAGAAAAUUCCCGUGAAUUGAGGCGAUACGUUUCUCAGAAUUUUCAAGCAAUUUCUGAAACUCGACCAUAAAUGUUGUGGGCAUAGGCAACCCAGGCUGGCCACGUACGCGAUCUGAAUUAGUCUGCUGCGAAGCCUGGUGGCUUGGCAGCAAUAACCCUGAUGAGGUGCAGGGAGGCUAUCUUUGUUGACGAAAGUACUGUUGAUUUUCCUAUUUUUCUCCAAUUUUUUUUUAAUACAAAGUUUCCUAUUUUUCCUAUUUUCUCAAUCCUGGGUUUCCUAUCAGUUUCCUAUUUUUUUGAGCAACGAUGCCGCUUGGACACCCUGAUACCUUGACAAACUCGACAAAGACGCAUUUUUACACAAAGUUUUGUACGUUUUGUCACUCCUUGUUUUGCAAAAAGGAUGCCAUCAAAAUACAGAUGUAUGCCACUUGUAAUGUCAGCAUAAGCAAAAAAACUUGGGUACAGCUUUUUUGUUACGUCUUUUGUUGGUUUCAAACCUCAAAGAAGUAGUAGGGUUUUAAGCUCAAUUUAUUUUUUUCAAAAUCUUGUUUGUGUAAUCAGUACGUACACAGCAAAACACGGUGAUGCCUCAACUGCGUUUACAUUUACUCUCAUGCAAACACACUACCCCGCCAAUAAAAGCGUGCGCACUAUCGUCUUAAAUUUAUAAAUAUAUAGUUUAUGUACAGGGUCUUAGUCCCUUUAUCAUGCUACCCAAUGUCACAGUUGUAUUCACCUAAGAGUGUUUCGUAAAAUGGGUUUUGUGAAUUUUUUUCCAGAUUUUUGGUGUCACUUAUUAUAUUUUUGCAUUUAAGCAUCUACAUCCAAAUCUAAACGGGUUUAUAUAAUCGUACUUAAACGUCCGCUAGAUUCUUAACACCAUAAAUAUGCUUUCAUUUGGAAUGUCCUUCAAUGAAAUGUUUAUUUUAUUCCUUCAGCUUUCUUAACAUCUUGCUUUGUCCUUUUAAACACGUUCUGGGGAGUCGUCUGGUUUCAUGCCUGGGAUGAAAAGAAGUGGUUCAGUGUUUUGUUAGUUGUAGCUAGUCAUCUCUUGGUGUCGUUAAUGGUACGUAGUAUAAUGCAUUGAGACCACUUUUUCCCUUUUAGUUUUGUCAGCUCUUUCUCCCAAAAAGGUUUCAGACUUUGAGAACAGACCAUGACUUGUCAAUGUUAGUGUUGACUAGUAAAAUGUCUUGUAAAAUGUACAACAUUUACUCAAACAAAUUGCACAGCAGCACUUCGUAUUAAGUCAGUUUUAGUGCAGUCUGCUUCGUUAGAAAGAAAAUUAACCUGAAUAAUAGACCCUUCCACUUCUUUUUAACUUUUGACAUCAUGUACCAGUCAGAGAAAAUCCGUCGCCAAGUUUGAAAGUGAUACGUCUUAAGCGUGCGAAGAUAUAUCUCCGCACAGGAAAAUUAACAGAAGUUUGAAUGUUGGAGAGCUAGUUUGUGCCCCCCACCAUACAAAAGUGUUUCAAAUUUCGCAACUUUAAUGAGCUUUAAAAUGUAUCUUCGUUAGUUUUCAACAAAUCACUUUAAACCUUGUCGGUUUAGUAAUUUAAAGACGGUCUUUUCAUAGUCAACGGAUUUUCCUAACUUGGACCCACCACACAGUUUUUGGACUAAAGAUAGUUCGAAGCCUGUUCAUAGCUGCCCCCUUAGUUCCCUAAGGGAGGAGGCAGCUUUGUGCAAGUUAAGCAAAGUACCCAGUUUUCUUGAGAGAGAGCCUUCUUCAUGCAUAAAACAACCAAAUCUGCCCAUAAAAUGUCAGAUCGCAAAAAAAGGGUUUUUUUAAACAUAUUUCGUUGAUUUAAUCAUACCUGACGAUCAAUUUCAGUUGAAAAGGUUAGAGAAAAUAAUCUUUGAAGAUUUAAAAGUGAUUGAUUGAUUAAUACAACGGAAAUAUUCCACAAUGUCUUUUCAUAAUGUUCUUUUUCUGUAGUGUCAAAAUACCUGUACCCAGGCAUGCAUAGCUGCACCCUAACUUUGCUCCAAUUUAUAUUUUCCAUACUGCUGCUUACCCGCUGGAAAAUACAGUAACCGCAUCAGUUUGCAUUUUCCGAACUGUGAAUUAACUGUGACUAAUUGUUGUGUUUUGUGUUUUGUUUGUUUAUUUUGUAACAGACUCUUCUAAAUGGUAAACAGCAGUAUGUGGCAUCAUUAGUGUGUGCAUACAUCACCAUGAUUGUUAUGGGCACCCUGGCAUUCAAGACUGCGGGAGGCAGUCUCUUCAACAUUUACAGACUCACCUCAAGGAAAACACACCGCGACUAUUGAGUCUGGGAAGCUAUAUUACGUAAAUUGUUUAUCAGCCAAAGAAGGCAUUGAUCACAAGCCUCGAAAGUCGAAGAUAUGAAUUCUAAAGUAGUGCGAGAGAGUAAAAUGUCGCCGAUUACUGAUACUUUUUACUGUUUUUCUCAAUUAACUUGAAGGUUGUUAGAGGUGGAAUAGAUCAUUUUAAAUAUAUUAAAAUUCAUACUUGGCUCCUAGGCUCCAAAGAAAUCAUCUUGAGGCGCAGGAAUGAGUAAUACAUUUCUUUUGUUUUAUUCCCCCAAGCCCCACAGCCAAUUAUAAAUUUUAUAUAUCGGAAUUGGUUUAUUGUCAUUAACAACCUUGUUUAUAAUAAAGUGGCAAGAUAUAAGGCUGCCCGCAUGUAAAUGAACAGAAAUCCUGAACACCAAGUGAACACCAAGGGUUAAUAAACUGUAGAUUAAAAAAGGCGGCGUCUACUAUGCUGAGUUUGUAAUAAACUAUUGCAGAUAAAGAUUUAUGGGGCUAUGUUUCUUUGGCAAAUGCCUGUGCUUUUGCUCAUUGCACAUCGAUAGAUAAGGAGGUAGGAUAGACAUUUAAUUUAACCUCGAUUGUUUUAUCAGCUACAGGCGCUGGCUUACAUAACAGUGAACUAUUUACAUUUACAUGUAUCAUCUUGCAAUAUCUACAAGAGACAUAUUCGCAAGCUCCUAACUAAUAACUAAAGUGCUACUUCUAGGAAUUAUUAAAAUAAAACUACAAUAAAUCGAAAGGGGUAAACAUCACACUGAAAAUAUGUAGUCAGAGAUCGUGGCCGUAAAUUUUGCAGUUGAAUCCAUUGUUAAAUAAUCAAAUG